AAGAUGGCGGCGCUGGCAGAGGAGCAGACGGAGGUGGCGGUGAAGUUAGAGCCUGAGGGACCGCCGACGCUGCUACCUCCGCAGGCGGGGGACGGCGCUGGCGAGGGUGGCGGCGGCACAACCAACAGCGGCCCCAACGGCGGCGGCGGGAACGUUGCGGCGGCGUCGUCGGCCGGCGGGGAUGGUGGGACCCCCAAACCCUCGGUGGCUGUCUCCGCCGUUGCACCGGCGGGGGCGGCCCCGGUGCCCGCCGCUGCUCCGGAGGCCAGCGCUCCCCACGACCGACAGACUCUGCUCGCCGUGCUGCAGUUUCUACGGCAGAGCAACCUCCGCGAGGCCGAAGAAGCGCUGCGCCGUGAGGCCCGGCUGCUGGAGGAGGCAGUGGCGGGCUCCGGAGCCCCGGGAGAGGCAGACAGCGCCGGCGCUGAGACAGCCAGCGCGCUUCUUAGCCGGGUCACCGCCUCGGCGCCCGGCCCUUCGGCCCCGGAUCCUCCGGUCAGCGGCGCUUCGGGGUCCGCCGCCGUCUCGGGCUUAGCGACAGGUUCUGUGGCUCCGGGUAAAGUUGGAAGUGUAGCUGUGGAAGACCAGCCAGAUGUCAGUGCCGUGCUUUCAGCCUACAGCCAACAGGGAGACCCCACGAUGUAUGAAGAAUACUAUAGCGGACUGAAACACUUCAUUGAAUGUUCCUUGGAUUGCCAUCGGGCAGAACUAUCCCAACUCUUUUAUCCCCUAUUUGUACACAUGUAUUUGGAGCUAGUCUACAAUCAACAUGAGAAUGAAGCAAAAUCAUUCUUUGAGAAGUUCCAUGGAGAUCAGGAAUGUUAUUACCAGGAUGACCUACGAGUAUUAUCUAGUCUUACCAAAAAGGAACACAUGAAAGGGAAUGAGACCAUGUUGGAUUUUCGAACAAGUAAAUUUGUUCUGCGUAUUUCCCGAGACUCGUACCAACUCUUGAAGAGGCAUCUUCAGGAGAAACAGAACAAUCAGAUAUGGAACAUAGUUCAGGAGCACCUCUACAUUGACAUCUUUGAUGGGAUGCCGCGUAGUAAGCAACAGAUAGAUGCGAUGGUGGGAAGUUUGGCAGGAGAGGCUAAACGAGAGGCAAACAAAUCAAAGGUAUUUUUUGGCUUAUUAAAAGAGCCAGAAAUUGAGGUGCCUUUGGAUGAUGAGGAUGAAGAAGGAGAAAAUGAAGAAGGAAAACCUAAAAAAAAGAAGCCUAAAAAAGAUAGUAUUGGAUCCAAAAGUAAAAAACAAGAUCCCAAUGCUCCACCUCAAAACAGAAUCCCUCUUCCUGAGUUGAAAGAUUCAGAUAAAUUGGAUAAGAUAAUGAAUAUGAAAGAAACCACAAAACGAGUACGCCUGGGGCCAGAUUGUUUACCUUCUAUUUGUUUCUAUACAUUCCUCAAUGCUUACCAGGGUCUCACUGCAGUGGAUGUCACUGAUGAUUCUAGUUUGAUCGCUGGAGGUUUUGCAGAUUCAACUGUCAGAGUGUGGUCUGUGACACCCAAAAAGCUUCGUAGUGUCAAACAAGCAGCAGAUCUUAGCCUGAUAGAUAAAGAAUCUGAUGAUGUCUUAGAAAGAAUCAUGGAUGAGAAAACAGCAAGUGAGCUGAAGAUCUUGUAUGGUCACAGUGGUCCCGUCUAUGGAGCCAGCUUCAGUCCAGAUAGGAACUACCUGCUCUCCUCUUCAGAGGAUGGAACUGUUAGAUUGUGGAGUCUUCAAACAUUUACUUGCUUGGUGGGAUAUAAAGGACACAACUAUCCAGUGUGGGACACACAGUUUUCUCCAUAUGGAUAUUAUUUUGUAUCAGGGGGCCAUGACAGAGUAGCUCGGCUCUGGGCUACAGAUCACUAUCAGCCUUUACGGAUAUUUGCUGGCCAUCUUGCUGAUGUGAAUUGUACCAGAUUCCAUCCAAAUUCUAAUUAUGUUGCUACGGGCUCUGCAGACAGAACUGUGCGGCUCUGGGAUGUCCUGAAUGGGAACUGUGUAAGGAUAUUCACUGGACACAAGGGACCAAUUCAUUCCUUGACAUUUUCUCCCAAUGGGAGAUUCCUGGCUACAGGAGCAACAGAUGGCAGAGUACUCCUUUGGGAUAUUGGACAUGGUUUGAUGGUUGGAGAAUUAAAAGGACACACUGAUACAGUCUGUUCACUUAGAUUUAGUAGAGAUGGUGAAAUUUUGGCAUCAGGUUCAAUGGAUAAUACAGUACGGUUAUGGGAUGCUGUCAAAGCAUUUGAAGAUGUAGAGACUGAUGACUUUACUACAGCCACGGGGCAUAUAAAUUUACCCGAGAAUUCACAAGAGUUAUUGUUGGGAACAUAUAUGACCAAAUCAACACCAGUUGUACACCUCCAUUUUACUCGAAGAAACUUGGUUCUAGCUGCAGGAGCUUACAGUCCUCAAUAA